AUGACGGAGCAUUUUGACUCUGUAAAGUCAAUGAUCGCAAACCUGCGUUCAGAUGACCCAGAGGAACGGUUGAAUAGUAUGCGUGGUAUUCAUCUCAUUGCCUCCACUCUUGGUCCUGAGCGUACACGUGAUGAGUUGCUACCGUACCUAACGGACUAUCUUGAUGAGAAUGAUGAGGUGUUGCGUGUAUUUGCGAACGCACUGGGUACGAUGCUGCAGGAGGUAGGUGGAGUUGGACAUGCUCAAAGUAUUCUUGGACCACUGGAAUUGCUGAGUAGCUUGGAUGAGAUUACGGUGCGGGAUGAGGCGGUUACUUCACUACAGACUAUUGGCGGAUUAAUAUUUCGUGAAACAGGUGAUAGUGCCUCACAAGCGCAGAAGUCUUUUGUGGAGUUGGUACUACGACUUGGGAAAGCAACUCCGCAAUGCCGUUCAAGCGCAUCAUAUCUUAUUGCCACUCCAUACCCUUUUGUUUCUUCUGUGGUAAAAGGGCAGUUAAUGCGGCUCUUCGUGGCUCUCUGUGAGGAUGAGGAAAUAAUGGUACGUCGUGCGGCUUGUAUUUCACUAGGGAAACACAUGGCAGAAGUGCUUGGAAAUCGGAAUGCGGAAUUAAUUACCGCGUUAACAGCUCUUUCACAUGAUAUGAGUGAUGGAGUACGUUUGCAAGCGGUGGAAUCUGCGGCUGCCCUUCUUAAAGUACUACCACACGAAACCCAUGCCUCUGUACUUGCAGCUGUAAAAACUCUAGUAAGUGAUAAUUCUUGGCGUGUACGGUAUAUGGCAGCUGAUCGACUUGGUAAAUUGGCUAGUGUGAUGGCACCAACAGAUGUAAAACAAAUAGUUCCACUCUUUCGUUCUCUUACCCAAGAUGCUGAGGCGGAAAUACGUGCCUCUGCUGUUUUCAGCAUGUCUGGUGUCUUACCUGCUUGUCGAGAUGCUGCUGCAAAAAAAGAAGUAUUAUUGGCUGGUUGUCGACUUGUAAAUGAUGAAAGCGCUCAUGUUCGUAUGUGUCUUGCGAGUGCGGUUUUACAGUCUGUUGUGCAUGUACCGAAGGAAUUAUGGGGAAGUAACAUUGUGCCAACAUGCACGCAAUUAUUAAAAGACAAUGAGGCGGAUGUGCGUCUCGCGUUGGUGUCUGGUUUUAGUUCGAUGGGAAACACGCCAGAGGCACGUGAGAUGGCACCUAAACUUGUGCCUGUGGUGGUUGCCCUCGCAGAGGACCCAAAGUGGCGGAUCCGUGAAGUUGUUAUUUCACAGAUUCCAUUUCUCAUUACAUCAUUAGGCAAAAACGCAGAUGAUGUGGUGGAACUCUGUGUGAAUCAUCUAGUGGACCGCGUGGCUACAAUUCGCGAGGCCGCAGUGGCUUCCUGCUGCAAGUUGGUACUUGAAAGCGGGGCCGCGUGGUCUCGCACCUCACUUUUCCCACGGCUUAGUGCUAUGGCCACCGCAAGCAACUACUUACACCGCGUGGUCCUCGCACACUUCUACGAGUCGCUUGCCGGUAUUUCUUCACUCGAUCGUUCCACCGUAUCGCAGUCGGUGCUUCCAAUGCUUCGCGUACUUGCACAGGAUAAUGUUGCGAAUGUGCGGCUUAACUGUGCCAAGGCUUUGGUGGCUCUUAAGAGGGCGAAGUUACUGCUCGACAGUGAUGCAGAACCGCUGUUAACUAGAUUACGUAAAGAUGCAGAUGCGGAUGUACGCUUUGCUGCUUCACAGGAUGGAGGAAAUAAGUGA